AACCUCACUUUUGCCCUGCAUCACCAAUUCCACGCCUGUACACUCACCGGGAGUUUUGGCAAUGGCUUCAAUUAUUCGUCCUACGGUGCUGAGGCAAUCUUGCCUGGCCGCUGCCUCGAAGCGCGCAUACACAACCAAGGUCUCGUCGUCCUUCCCGGCCAUCCUGUCCCAGCCGACACGACCCGCACCAGCACGACAGGCCAUCAAGAGCGCAUUCGCGCCUGGCAAUGUCCGAGUAGCUGCCUUCCACGCCGGUGGCCGCCAGCAGAUUCUCCCUGCAGGUCCCCAGGUCAUUGACGGAACUGCAAACGACGCCGCCGUUGUGCCCCCGACAAACGCCUCCGAGGGCUCCUACCACUGGACCUUCGAGCGUCUCAUCGCCGCCGGUCUCAUCCCCCUCACCAUCGCGCCCUUCGUCGCUGGCUCCCUCAACCCUGCCACUGACGCCAUCAUCUGCGGUGCCGUCCUCGUCCACUCACAUAUCGGCUUCGACGCCAUGAUCGUCGACUACUUCCCCGCCAGGCGCGUGCCGAAGACCAAGAAGGCUCUGGGAUGGGUGCUGAGGGCCGCGACGGUGGCGGUGGGUGUUGGACUUUACGAGUUCGAGACCAACGAUAUUGGUGUUACGGAGGCGAUCAAGAAGAUCUGGACGGCUUAGAUUGGUUUGCGCGUUUGGGAUGGGGGUGUGGUGUAUACAUAGUAGCUGGCUAAACAGCAAUACCAAAUGUCAAGUAUUUUCCUG